CCGGGUUUGUUCAUCUCCGUUUGUUGGUACAUUCUUGAGCGUGGCGGCCUUGAUGCUCAACAUUCCAACUCUAUACGCGAACUCCCCUCCGAAUGGGCAGUGAGUCGACCCCGCCGAGAACAUGGCUCUCUGAGUUCCUUGCUGGUAGUUACGUGUGAUGAUAAUCUUCUUUCCUCAUUACCGAACAGCGGAUGGGCGACAAGGCGAAACAGCCAUACUGUUGACCUCUUCAUAGCACUGAAAAAAACCCGCUGCUUGAAGGGAUGGUUGAGUCGAGGGGUUGGCACUGACCUUGAAGCCGAUACUGGCAGUCCCUGCGACCGAUAGCCUGUGGUCAUGGAAGAGACUGUCCAUCUCCCCAAUGGGCAUUUGCUCAACUUUCCAACCCGAUCUCGAAACGGCAAGCGCCCAAGACCCAGUCCUGAUGCAAUUAAUCACAUACUCCGUGAUGAGCCUACAAAAAGGACAACCGAACAAUCUACCCAUUCAUACGGAGAGGAUAUAUCUCAACCCCACACACCAGAGGCAACCGGACGAAAGACUACACCUACCAGGCUUCCUCUCAAAGUCUUUGUGGAUAAGGACUGUACUCCAUCAAAGGGUAACUCAGCCGCGUCUGGCCACCAAGAACGCGGGGUUGGUGUACGUGUUCAGCCAAAGAAUUCGGAUGCCGCUCUAGACCGUGAAUCUCCCAGGGCAACCGAUAAAGAGCGCGAGCAGUACUGGCGAAAAGUUAGAGACAAGCUGGACAAAGACCGUCGAUUGCCACUCUCACCGCGCAACAAGGAAAAGCAGCAAAAGGAUUACUACCAUGAAGCGUACCGGAAGAUCAUCUCGUUGGCUAGCUCUCCUCGGCAGGAAAUAGCCAAACAUAAGUUGAAACACCUCGGGAUCGCUGCAACCGGGAAGGGGAUAUCCAAGCCAGGGGAUAAACUCGAGAAACUAGCCAAAACUCCUAGUCUCGGACAUCGAUCUGUUCUAGGGGAGGGCUCUCAGAGUGAUAGCGAGGGUCAUUCCAUUAUGCUCCGGAGGGGACGACGUGGUAGUGAACGAAGUGCUCUCCCAGGUACGAAUGAGACUACAUCACAGAAAUCUCCAGGGAAGACGGAGAAUACUACCCAUUCAUCCGACAACUCACGCUCUUCUAUAUCCCCUGUAUCGGGGCCGGCUACUUCAAUGACAGAAUGGGAAGAUAGAUUCGUGGUCAAUAUGCCGUCUGCGCGGGAGCCCAACCCACCUACGAUGAACGCGCAUCAGAUUGCUGAAUUUCAGAAGAGUAUUGAGAAAGUACAUAAAGAAGGUGGGGCGAUGCUCGAUCCCGAAACUCUUCCCAGCCCACGUACGACAACACCAGAGCAGAGCAACCCCUUUGGUCCGCGUGAAAGGAGACUGGGAACAUUUGAUGGCCAAGAUUCACGUCCGCCUCUUUCAAACGAAGAAGAUGAAGCCCAUAGCCGGCGAUAUUAUUGCCCUGAUGAGGUUGGAAGACCGAGAUGUAGCACAAUCUGGGAAGAGUCAUCUAUGGUACCGAAACAGAAAUCACCCCAAGCGAACGCAGAUGGUUCUUUUUUAGGGUGCAGGGAAAUCAAUGGACCGAACAACCGGAAUCCAGACGAAAUUUUACUCUUUUCGACCGUGGACGAGCGUCCCAAAGUCGUGAACAUUCCACCUCAAACGUCCAGAACACCCAGGGAACCCAAGCUCGUAGCCACGCAGCAUAUGACGGCAGCUUUGGAGGGGAAGACUGUGGUCCAAGAAGAAUGGAAACCAAUUUCUCAGAAUUUGAAGCAUGCCCAAUGCUCCAAGCCGUUACCGAAGACAAUGUGUCACGAGGUCCAGUGUCAACAAUCGGAACGAACAGAGAAAUCUACGAAAGGCCCAAGGAAAGAGAAUAUCGAGCUUUCUGCAAGGAAGACCAUGUCUUUCGAGCAGCAAAGACCGCAGAUCAAUCCCGACGAUGUAUACAUUAUCACACCUACUAUAACACGUACUAUGGUGACUAUGACCGAUAUAAAGGGCCACCUCCGCAAAACCCAGAGGCCGCCAGAACCCAGUUCUCGCAGCGCAGGAGAGAUCAUCACCGACUCUCGCACAAAACUUCGGAUAAACACAAAACCUCAAACGAGUGUCUCCCCUUCGGGUUUACGACGGGCGAGUCAAAAUUCUUGGGAAAGGUCAAACGUGCCAUCUGCAAUACCUUCAAGAAAAACUCCUACGACGAACACGCCUACCGCAAGGCAUCUCCCAGAACCAGAGAUCGUUAUAGAAAAGCCGAGAGUUAUGCGUGGGUACAUCCGUACGCCAGGCAUAGUCAGAUCGUCCACGGAAACCCUCAUCGCUCCCGUGGCCUCUAGCACUCCGAAGCCUCCUCCUAUUCAUGGCCCAGCAACUAUAGCUGGAAGCCUUCCUUUAAUGAAAAACACUAUGGGCUCUCCACUGUUAGGGACCUCGCGCCCAGAAAGCAGGAUAACUUCAGCACCGUCAACCAUCCAGGACCACCCGGAGAGCCGAAGGAUCCUGCGGGAAGCGAAAGUGGUUGAAGUUGCUGAGUUAGAUGGACAGCAGGUGGAAGAUCCCCGAGAAGCCACCCCUAAUAUCAAACCUACUGGUCCUGAUCUCGACUUGCGGGACCACAAAAUGCAGGCUGAUGCGAAGGGGAUCAUAAGGUUGGAGUCCCUUAACCUCAUCAUUGAUAUGGUUCUUGUCUUCACGGCGCAGGCACACGGAUUUUAUGGCCAGAUCAAGGCAAACAGACGCUCCAAAUCUGUCCUGCUCAAAUUAUUUCUGAACGGUAUUCUGGGGAUGCUGGAGCAUUGUUUACACGUUGCGAGGAAUAUUUUAGCCGUUGUAUCAACAUACAAUGCGACAGGGGAUUGGCCUAAGACUAACGACAAGGAUCUUGCUAGGUCAUUAGCUGAAAUCGGGCAGGCCAUGGUAUACCUCGUGGUUCUCGGGUUCAUUAUGAUGAUUGUUGGGCGAGCGGCAGGGUAUGUGGUUCUCAUCGGAAGCUGGGUAGUAUGGUUUGCGAGACCUUUUGCUCUCGUCUUUGCCACAGUUGGGAGAGCGUUGUUGGUCUAAGUGGGAUCUUCUUGGCCUCUUAUCUCCUCCUUUUUCUAACCUUGUUCCUAUUCUUAUCGUGUUUCUAUUUUUUUUUUUUUUUUUCACCUGG